UUUUUACCCGAUGAAUCUUCCAUGAUUCCUAAGCAUGCUUUUCAUGUAAUAGAUCGUCUUCUUAAAGACAUUUGCAAUAGCGAACUUCCAUUUGGAGGUAAAGUUGUUCUUUUAGGUGGUGAUUUUUCACAGUUAUUGCCUGUUGUCAGAAAAGGAAAACCAACUGAGAUUGUUGACAUGUGCUUAAAAAGUUCUCCACUAUGGCAUUUGGUAACAGAAUUUAGAUUAACUCGCAACAUGAGAACGAGGCCAGGAGAACAAGAAUUUGCUGCAUGGCUUCUGCAACUUGGGAAAGGUGUUUUACCUGUUCGGGAACAACCACCAUUCCAAGGUGCAAUUGAGGUGCCACCCAAUUGUGUGUUACAACAAAAUCAAUGUAUUGUUGAUAUUUUGUUUAGGGAUUUUCACCCAGAAAAUAUGGUAUCAUCUGUAAUACUAACACCUACAAAUGAUGAUUCACUUCUCAUUAAUGAUCAGGUGUUGGCGUUAUUGCCGGAUGAAGAAAAAAAUUAUUUCAGUGCAGAUGAUGUUGUUUGUGAUGAUGAGGAGGAACGGAAUCGAUAUCCGGUGGAAUUUUUAAAUAGUAUCACACCCUCAGGUAUGCCUCCUCAUUGUCUUAAAUUAAAAUCUGGUGCUAUUGUUAUGUUAUUAAGAAACAUAAACAUAAAUAAAGGUUUAUGUAAUGGCACUCGCCUAAUUGUAAGACGUCUUCACGACAACUGUGUCGAUGCUGAAGUACUUACUGGGAAUGCUAUUGGUGAUCGAGUACUUAUUCCAAGGCUGCAACUUGCACCUUCGGAUACAGGUAUGCCUUUUGUUUUGCGUCGUAGACAGCUUCCACUAAGGCACUCUUAUGCUAUGACAAUAAACAAGGCACAAGGUCAAACUUUUGAAAAGGUUGGUAUAUUGUUGCGCAGGCCAUGUUUUUCUCAUGGUCAGCUGUAUGUUGCUUUUUCUAGAGCAAGAGCAUUUGGUGAUGUUAGAGUAAGUGUUGUUCCCUCAUCAAAGCAAGGAUUUUUUAAUGGGAAAUGUUAUACUCCGAAUAUUGUUUACCGUCAAAUUCUGAAUUGAGAAUAUUUUUCUUAUCAUUUGGAUCAGAGCAUGUAUAUAUUACAUUUUUCAGCACACUUCUAUCGUCUAUAUGUCCACAUGUUAUGUACAACCUUGCUGACGUGGACGUUAUAGGUGUGUCGUGCUAUAGUACACUAUAUGUGCGUCUGUCAGUCCUACUGUACAGGGACAUGAGAACAGAUGUAUUAGUGGUUUUUAAUUACAAUGACAUGUCAAUGCAGUAUAAACAUUCUUUUGAAGUGUCAUUUACUUGGCUAUAUGUUGCUCCUUUAAUUACGAUAUAAUUUUUUGAAAGAAAUGGUAUUUGGUAUAUUUUCGUUAUCUGCCAAAAAAAUAUAUAUAUACUCCUGCAAUUUCCACCUCUAUUAUCGAUAUAUUUAAAAUCCAUCAAUUCUACCUAAUUUUCUCUUUUCAUUAAUUUUGUCUUCUCUAAGUUAUUAAAUGAUUUAAAAUGUGAUUUUUAGGCGUUUUUAUGCAUUGUAAACACGAAGCCUAUACUCUUCUGAUACAAUGUUGACAACAUAUGAGCAAAUCUAUAGUAUAUUUUAUAAAUAUUUUAAUAAUACUUAAUGUAUAUUAUCUAUUAAUGCUUU